CACAGUCACCGUCACGCGUGUAAUUAAACACUUCGAUCCCAGCCCGUGAAAUCGUCCAUUAUACGAGAGCUUUAAUGGGACACCAUUAGAGGAGGACUUUAAACUGUCACCCAGCGCGUGACUGCCGGUAGAGACUGUCUCAUCAGCUAAAAUCUACCUGAUUUUACCUUAUGAACUUCUCCCCAUGGGACAUAUGUUAGGAAGAGUUUAAACUUCGAUAAAUAUCGAGGCAUGUUUUAAGGGUUUGUUGAUUGUGAGCGUUUUAGGUGGAAUAUGAAUAUUGUUUAAGUAGCUUUUAUGAGAUUAUUUCACCACAAAGUACGCAGAAUAUGGAAAACUAUAACAUCUGGAUCUUGCUUUUAUGAUUUCUAUGUUUACAUUGGUGGCAUGUGUUGAAAUGCUAAGCAUUAUGCUGAGUAUGGAGCUAUGCUUAUGUGGUUAUAUGUGGUGUGAUGAUAAAAUGCAUUUGCAAAAGUGAGUAGCAUAUAGUGUUUGGGAAUGAUGAGGCCUCUGUCCCAUCUGCCCUGUUUAAAGCAGCUGAUUCCGUCUAUUCGUUUGUUCUGUGCGAAGAUAAAUGGACUCAGUCUGCACACAACAAUAACAUAAAGACAACAAUAGCAAAAGAAAGAGGUCCAGACCCGUGUAUGCCGGACCCCAAACAGAGAGGGGAAUAAAACAGGGCACGAGUGUUUCCUCCUCCUGAAUGAACGUCACUUACAGCAGCAGCGCCUUCACGCUCCGCUGCUCCCCACUGCUUUAAGUAUUCCCGCAAUAUUAGAGGAGUCAUGAAUAACAAUUAUUCUGGGGAGGUGUAGUGCGGCGCGCGGACGGACCUCCACACUCUGGAUCAGAGCGCGGGAUCUAAAGGGACAGAGGUGUAGAUUUGGAGAGCCAGGUUUCUGCAGGAACAUCUUUUGAGCUAAAUUCAUAAGUAUUGGUCAUGAGGAGCGCGUAAUUUUCGAGCGAGUGUCGUGCUAUCGCGUGUUCUUCCUGCUCUCUGCGAGCUGGCGUGUUUUUCUGCCCAGAUGUUGGUGCACACGUAUUCCUCCACGGACCGCCAUGAUGGGGUACCGAGCCACAGUUCUAGACUGUCCCAGCUGGGCUCAGUGUCUCAGGGUCCGUACUCCAGCGCUCCGCCGCUAUCUCACACCCCUUCCUCGGACUUCCAGCCGCCGUACUUUCCCCCGCCGUACCAGCCGCUGCCGUAUCACCAGAGUCAGGACCCGUACUCACACGUCAGUGACCCGUAUUCUCUGAACGCUCUGCAUCAGCAACAACAACACCCGUGGGGCUCCCGUCAGCGGCAGGACGUAGGCUCGGACAGCGGAUCUUUACUGCCGCAGCCUAGAGCCUCGUUACCGCAGCUCUCCGGUUUGGACCCCCGGCGGGAUUACUCGACCGUCCGCCGACCGGAUGUGUUGCUCCACUCCACGCACCAUGGGCUCGAUGGCAUGGGAGACGGUCUGUCCCUGCAUGGCCUGGCGCACAGCAUGGAGGAUAUCCAGGCUGUUGAAGACGCAAACCAUAGCGGGAUGAACAUCAUGGAUCAGUCAGUCAUUAAAAAAGUUCCCGUUCCACACAAGAGUGUCGCUUCUCUCAUGAUGAGCAAAGAUGGCCUUAUCGGCGGGGUCAGCGUGAACGUCAACGAGGUCUUCUGCUCGGUGCCCGGUCGCCUGUCGCUUCUCAGCUCCACAUCCAAAUAUAAAGUGACGGUCGGCGAGGUCCAGCGGCGCCUCUCUCCGCCCGAAUGCCUGAACGCGUCUCUACUCGGCGGUGUUUUGAGGAGAGCGAAAUCGAAAAACGGAGGGAGAUCACUGAGGGAAAAGCUGGAGAAAAUCGGCUUGAAUUUGCCUGCUGGGAGACGCAAAGCAGCGAAUGUCACAUUACUGACAUCUCUAGUAGAAGGGGAAGCUGUUCAUUUGGCUCGGGACUUUGGCUACAUUUGUGAAACUGAAUUUCCCACGAAGGCCGUGUCUGAAUAUCUGAACAGACAGCACACAGAUCCAAACGAAUUGCACUCGCGCAAGAACAUGCUGCUCGCCACCAAGCAGUUGUGUAAGGAGUUCACAGACCUGUUGGCUCAGGAUCGCACUCCUUUAGGAAACUCUCGGCCUUCGCCCAUCCUCGAGCCUGGAAUCCAGAGCUGCCUGUCACACUUUAGCUUCAUCACGCAUGGCUUUGGUUCUCCAGCCAUCUGCGCCGCCCUCACAGCUUUGCAGAACUACCUGACUGAAGCACUUAAAGGUCUCGACAAGAUGUUCCUGAACAACCCUACCCCCAACCGACACACGCCCGCCGACGUACCCGGAUCCAAAAGCGCAGAGAAAGAGGAGAAACACAGGAAAUGAGUUGGAAUUACAACAGGAUAUCAAGGAAAAGGGGCUUCAAACGAGUCCUUGGAAACAUUAUGAGAUUCUAUAAACUCUAGUUUUAUGACAUUGCAUUUUACAUUCUGGUGAGACGGUGGAAAACAAAUCGUGGGAAAGCGAAGGAAAUGCUACCAUAAAAGACUGGAUGACACAUCUCUGCUGUGACUCGUUCAUCAGUUUCAUCUCAUAUGUGUGAGAAUGUUCGAGGAGUGUGUGUAUGCGUUUUUGUGUAUAAAAAACGGACAUAUUACAUGAUGUUAGACAGAUGCUAUAUCACACAAGCUGACCUUUACACAAAUGAAUCUCAGUGUACUCACCAGCAGGAGCGUGGGUACAGUUCAAAUAUUGUUGUGGACACUUUUAUCUAUUAUAUUUAAAUACAAUAAUUGAUGGGGUCCAUUGAACAUUGCUGAGAUGUUAGUGGACUAUGUUCCAUAUUAUUUACAGAAUCUAUACCCUAAAAUACACAGAGUCACGUUUUAUCCAAAAACUGGAAAGCAGAUUUCAAAGAGCGACUAAAUGUUCAGAAUAUAAUAGACAGAAGUGCACUGUUAAAAAAUGCAGCAUUUUUGGCAAAUCAACAUAACAAAUUAAAAAUUAAGUUUUGUCAACUCAAGUCAAAACUUAAAAUAGUAUGUUGAAUUGACUUGCAAAACAAAGUUGUUUUAACUUCAUGCUGCAUUUAUUUUUUUUACAGUGUGUGAUUAAAAAUUCACACAACUAUUCAUUAUGAAUGAAAUUUUCAAUCAGACCACAAUUAAUUGAAGACAUUUUUUGGCAAUGUUUAUUUCUUAUCAAGAGAUUUUUAUAUUAAACAUUGAUGCCACUUGGCUACAAAAAGUGAGAAAAAAAUGUUAACUGAAAGCGCAAAUCUAAAUGGUUUUGGUUGCGUUUACUUAAAACUGCAGUUGCGCUUUCAUGCUGUUCAGUAAUGUUAAAUGUGAGGACAUUGUCAGUGAGUCAACAUGGCAAUCAAGUUAAAAUCAUUAUCGUUUCAUUGACAUUUCCUCUGUUGCUUAUCUUUUUUUUUACUUUUACAUAGACCUAAAUGAACAUUGAUAAUUCUAUACGUUUUAUGAUUCAUUACCUAAAUGGAGGACCAAGGUUUUAAAAGCCUUAUCAAAAAGACUUUUGAAACCAGCCAUAAAAUUGCAUGCCUAUAUUAUUGGCUUUAUUAGGCUAAAUAUGACUGGGAUAAGGAGGUGACCGCGCUUGCUGAAAUACUGGCACGCGCAUAUUUUCACGGGCUCACCUCACCUGGUGCACAUUCCACGCUCGUGGGCAAGCAUUUUUUUUAUUACCGGAAGCUGGAAUACAACCUGUCUGUCAAGUUAAUACUUGGUUAACUCUGCGUGAGAGAGGUUAUUUUAUUUAUGUUUGUAUAUAUUUAUUUAUACUUAAUUUAAUGGACGUUUGUACAUAGACUGGGUCGUCUAUUUGUGACUCUCUGUGCGUGGGUGAACGCUUGGUUUAGAUAGCAUCUUGUAAUUUUUGUUUCAUAGAUACGAUGUUAUGUGGUGAAGGGUAGAAGUUGGUUGAUGUCUGGUGAUUUUCAUUUUCCUCGAAUUAAAAAUAAAUCGUGUUUUAUUGUA